UUAUGGACAAAUCUUUAGAAAAUGAUAAUAAUUGUCAGAAGAGUGAAAUUCUUUUGAGUUUUUCUCGUUAAUAACUCAAAAAUAUGGAUUUUGAUCCAAUGAAUCCUGAAAUGUAUUAAAAUUAAAAACCUUAAAUUACUUUUUAAAAUCAAAUUGUUCCAAACUAAUAAAUCAAAAUGGCAAUAAAACCAUAAAUUAAUUAAGGGCAAUGGCAUUCGUAUUUAUUAAUUAUGAAAAUAGUAAUAAUUAAAUGAAGUAAGACAAUCCCCCUAAAUCCUUUAAUCCUUCAUAAUAUUAGUUAAAUUAAGGAUUAAACAAGAAUGUUUUACAGAAUAACUUUGUUGGUUAAUUGCCUUAAUACUCUGACUCAAAUUAACCAUUUAUACCUUAAUAAAAACAAUUAAAUUUUUAAAAUAAUCAGUUUUAGACUAUUGAAUUCAAUACAUAAAAUUACAUAAAAUAGUUCAAUCAAUUCAAUCAAAAUAAUUAAUACAUUAAAAAUUCUAAUCCUCCAUAUUCCUAUUAAUAACAAUGA